AUUCGUUAAAGGCUAGACACGCCAUCUUGGUAUUUGAAAUUGCAUUGGUGGUGCUCUCAAGUUGGAUAAAAACUCAGAUAUUCUUCAACAGUGGUGUAAUUUACCGCAAUUUUCGGAUACGAGGAGGCUUUCCUCUUUCGAUCCAGCUAAAUCAAGAUGAGUACCUAUCAAAUGCCACCCACCUCCGCUCCCAGCAGGAACAUGUCGCAGGGGAGUGGUGGAAAUUACAUGGACCUUUCGGACAUGCCCGUGGAGAACAAACAGCAACAGACCAUGAUGUGGCAGCAGAGUCAAUACAUGUCAGACUCCGGCAUCCAGUCAGGGGCCACCACACAGGCUCCCUCCAUCAGCAGCAAGAACCACCAACAGGAUGAGGGCGAGGAAGAGACCACCAUGGACACGACCAGGAUGUUUGACUGGGAUCAGGGCUUUAACCAGGGCUUCAGCCAGGACCAGAUUGACGAAAUGAACCAGCAGUUGAGCCAGACGCGCUCUCAGCGGGUGCGAGCGGCAAUGUUCCCGGAGACCUUGGACGAAGGCAUUCAGAUCCCCUCCACUCAAAUGCAUCCUGAUCAGCCUACAGCUGUGCAGAGACUGGCAGAACCAUCACAGAUGCUGAAACACGCCGUUGUCAAUCUCAUCAACUACCAGGAUGACGCUGACCUAGCAACACGGGCUAUCCCAGAGCUGACCAAGCUGUUGAACGAUGAAGACCAGGUAGUGGUUAGCCAGGCAGCCAUGAUGGUACACCAGCUGUCCAAGAAAGAGGCCAGCCGCCAUGCCAUCAUGAACUCCCCGCAGAUGGUACAGGCACUGGUGCGUGCCAUGAGCAACACCAACGACGUGGAGACAACACGGUGCGCUGCAGGCACACUGCACAAUCUCUCCCACCACAGACAAGGACUGCUGGCCAUCUUCAAGUCUGGCGGCAUUCCUGCACUGGUCAAGUUACUCAGUUCCCCGUUGGAGUCUGUCCUGUUUUAUGCAAUCACCACACUUCACAACUUGCUGUUACAUCAAGACGGCUCCAAAAUGGCUGUGCGUCUGGCUGGCGGUUUGCAGAAGAUGGUGGCCCUGCUCCAGAGGAAUAACGUCAAAUUUUUAGCCAUUACCACAGACUGUCUGCAGAUCCUUGCCUAUGGAAACCAAGAAAGCAAACUGAUAAUCCUGGCUAGUGGUGGGCCGGGAGAAUUGGUGCGUAUCAUGCGCUCCUACACCUACGAGAAGCUGCUGUGGACGACCUCUCGCGUGUUGAAGGUGCUUUCAGUGUGCUCCAGCAACAAGCCAGCUGUGGUGGAGGCUGGGGGUAUGCAGUCCCUGGCCAUGCACCUGGGACACCAGAGCCAGAGACUCGUCCUCAACUGUCUUUGGACAUUGAGGAACUUGUCUGACGCAGCCACCAAAUGUGACAACAUGGAGGGUCUGUUACAGAUGUUGGUUCAGCUUCUCUCCCACAAUGACAUCAAUGUGGUCACCUGUGCUGCAGGUAUCCUCUCUAACCUCACCUGUAAUAACAUGAGGAACAAAGUCACUGUGUGCCAGGUGGGCGGGAUCGAGGCUCUGGUGCGCACCAUCAUGCAGGCCGGCGAUCGCGAAGACAUCACAGAACCAUCGGUGUGUGCCUUGCGUCAUCUGACAAGCCGUCACCCGGAGGCAGAGAUGGCCCAGAACGCAGUGCGCCUGCACUAUGGCCUGCCCGUCCUAGUCAAGCUGCUGCACCCACCCAGUCGCUGGCCGCUGAUCAAGGCUGUGGUUGGUCUGAUCCGUAACUUGGCUCUCUGCCCAGCCAAUCAUGCACCACUGAGGGAACACGGAGCUCUGCCUCGUAUCGUCCAGCUUAUGAUGAGAGCACACCAAGAUUCACAAAGGCGUUCCAUCAGCUCCAAUGGUCAGAACUCUGGUUACCUGGACGGAGUACGCAUGGAAGAGAUUGUUGAGGGUACAGUGGGGGCCCUUCAUAUCCUGGCACGCGAGGCUCACAACAGGGCUGCCAUCAGAGAGAUGAACUGUAUCCCGUUGUUUGUGCAGUUGUUGUACUCGCCUAUUGAGAACAUCCAGAGAGUUGCUGCAGGUGUGUUGUGUGAGCUGGCAGCCGAUAAAGAGGGCGCUGAGAUCAUUGAGCAGGAGGGCGCCACUGCUCCCCUUACAGAGCUUCUCCUCAGGAACGAAGGCGUUGCCACGUAUGCUGCAGCAGUCCUGUUCCGUAUGUCAGAAGAUAAACCCCCAGAGUAUCAGAAACGCCUGCCCAUGGAAAUAGCCACCUCCCUUAUACGUAACGAUAGACAGAACAUGGGAUGGGUGGAUGGUCCCCCAGGAUUUGAUGCCAUGGGAGAAAUGCUACCCCCAGAUGAUGCUUUCAGGGAUCCCAUGUACCAGCACCAGCCUCCCAGCAUGCACGGCAGUCAACAUGAUAUGAACAGACAAGGUUAUGAAACUAACGUACCUGUUGACUCCAUGCAAGGUCUGGAGAUUGGAUCGCAACAUGGCAGUACAUAUGGACCGGUUGACAACCUUGCAGACAUGGGCCCACCCCCCGGCGAUCUCAACUUCGAGAACCUAGAGUCAACUCUGCCACAGGACAGCCAAGGCAUGGCCUGGUUUGAUACAGACUUGUGAGACACAUCGGCAGGAAAAGGCAGAUGACGGUGGCAGAGGUCACUUUCAUCAACAGUAUAAACAUGGAGGGGGGUGCAGCGGAGCGGCAGUUAUAGCAAAGGGUGGGUAAUCCAGGUCGGAGUGACAAUUCAGAGCUGCUGUGUUUUUUAAACUUAUGUUUUGGGGGCUGUUUUGGCCUGUUUUUUUGAUCGAUUCAGAUGCUGUGGGAAGACUUUUUUCAAUAUUUAACUGAAACUGAAUUGCUUUGUGGAGCAGCAUCAAUCCUUUAAGGUUGUGGAACAGUACAAUUUCAUUGGCUGCAAGGGGGGGAAUAUUUAAUCAUGACAGAAUUGUCGUCCAGUCUCGAACCAUGUUCGUGAAACCUUACAAAGUUACAUAUUAAUUGUCCUGCCAAAGAAUCUCAAGUAAAAUACAAACACAUUAGAGAUGGAAUUCAUGAAGAAUAUCUGAUUGUUUCAAUUUAUGCUGUGAAAACUUGAUUUCGAUGAAAACGGACAUGUUUAGCUUAAGGACCACCUUGUCAAUUUCAUUUGUAUAUACUCCUAAAGCCCUCAUUCCAUUUCACUGUCAGAUACAGUAUCAUAGCACAGUACAUAUUUUCAUGUUAAAAUGGCCAGGGAAUACCUGUUGGAUUGGCUAGUUAUCGUUCACGGGGGAUAAAGCCUGUUAAAUUAUGAAGAAUUCUGAAUUUAAUGUGUUCCAAGGGUGGUAUUUGGGAUCUGUAACGUGGGCGAAGUCUGCAACAUAUCAAAUUUAAGCCAUCCUGGCUUGAUACUGCUUGGUUGGUCAGCGUAUUGAUGUCCUGAAAUGACCGGAAAAUGUAUAUGUCCAUUACCAUUCUUACUAUUACAUAAGUACAUAUAUGAGAAAAUAAAACUAGCAUAUUUGUGUACUUAACACUUUCUUGCUGUGCACUAAAUGUCUGUUUUUAUUCUACAAACAUACAGGUGCGCCUGGUUUUAGCGUCAUAUUUUUUUUUAUAUAUAUAAUUGUUAUUGUAUACAAAUCACUUAGCUAUAUGUACAAUGUCAUGGACAAACAAGACAAAAAAAAAACGGUUCACUUUUCAAGUACCCAGAAUAUAUAGGGGAGUUUUUGAUAUCCCCUAGUGCGAACUACGUAAGCUUUCAUCCCAUUUUGUGUACUUUUUUGUUGGGGGGAGAAAAGUCGAGCUCAUCAGUCUUUUUUUGGUGUUUUCUAAACGUCGUAUACAGUGUUAAAUGUUAAAACUAGAAUGAGCUUUUUAAACAUUUUAGAUAGGCCUUUUUAUUAAUCUCUCGUUUUGCAAUAGUAAUUUUAUCCCAGGCUGUAUUCACGGGCUUUGUAGAUCAUGUCAUUAAUAAUAAAAUGUUUUAUAAUAAAAA